AACCAUAAUGCUUAUUUUUACCGAAGGGAAAGAUUACAAACCAGUUCCUUUGCAAAAAGUUGAGGUCAACGCGCAUGUUGUUGAUAUGAUAGCUGAAGUAAAUAUUCUUCAAACGUACAAAAACUUAGAAGAAAAAGAUAUAGAGGCCAUUUACAAGUUUAUUCUUAGUGACACUGCGGCAGUUUGUGGGUUUGAAGCCACAAUAGAUGAUAAAAGAAAAAUUAUAGGGAUAGUUAAAGAAGCUGAACAGGCAAAGAAAGAAUAUAAAGAAGCUAUAAAAGUAUUUAUUCAUUAUAAUCGUAAUUUCAUUAACAUUGCAUCAAUAUUAAAAUUAUUAAAUCUUAAGCAAGGUUAUGGAGCUUAUUUACUUGAAGAACAAGAUUCUGAUACAUUCAAGUGUUCCAUCGGUAACAUUAGGCCCGGCCAAAAAGUAAAAAUCAAAAUUAAAUAUGUGAUUGAGCUUCAGCACGAUGUAGAAGCUAAUAGUGUCCGAUUCAUUUUGCCGGCUACUAUUGCUCCAAAAUAUGGCACUCAUUUUUUUAAUCACAAAAGGAUGCGUCUUUCUACCGAAAUUUCAGAUUCAUCAGAUUAUUCCCCUAUUGAGUUUUCUAUAACUUGUACGAUGAGUUCACCAAUAAAUCGCAUCAAAUCUCCUUCUCACCCUGACCAUAUUUCUAUAGAUUAUAAAGACAAAGAACAAGGAAUAUCUCAAUUUACAUCAAAAGUUAAAUCAAACAAAGAAAAUCUUUAUUACUUGGAAACCGAUUUUAUACUUCUCAUUAAAAGUCAAAAUAUUGAUGAACCUAGAGCAUUUAUCGAAUAUAAUCCCACAACCGAGACUCAUUGUUUAAUGCUUACUUUGGUUCCGUCAUUUAAGCAUAACGAUAAAUCAACUAAGCAUAAUUCAACUAAAAUGGAACUUAUAUUUAUUGUCGAUAAUUCAAGGUCUAUGAAAGGUGCAUCGAUUGAAAAAGUAACCAAAACACUUCAGUAUUUGCUCAUUUCACUUCCAAAAAGUUGUUUCUUCAACGUGAUAACAAUUGGGCACAAGCAAUUUUUCAGCUAUUUUACGAAAAGUCAACCAUGCACAAAUACAAAUAUUGAAGAGGUUAUCAAAAAGAUUCAAAAAAUAACUGCAAAUGGUGGCACUCAUCUUUAUGAAGCUCUAAAAUGGGCAUUUAAUCAUUCACUUCCUGACAAGCCGACAUCAAUUAUUCUGUUCUCGGAUUUUGAGACAUCGAAUAUCAACCGAAUUGUUGAUCUUAUAAAAAACCCAGAAAUGAAAAAAGAUUUAAGAAUAUUUUCAAUCGGAAUAAAUAAUUCUAAUUCUAAUUCUAAUUGCCAUCAUUUCAUUGAUUCUAUUGUUCGUGCUGGUAAAGGAUAUGCACAGUAUGUGUCUAACUCAGAAGAAAUGAAUAGAAAAGCGAUAAUCAUGCUUAGGAAUUCAUUAAAUCCUCCUAUCACAGAUUAUAAAAUUACAUGGACUAAUGAAUCUAAUGAAGAAUCUCAGGAUAGUGAUAUCAAAUUUCAGCAAGCUCCAUUAAAAAUUCCAGAACUUUACGUUGGUGUUCGUUUCAUUGUUUAUUGUAUAUUAGCAAAAGAUGUUAAACCAUGCGAAACAAUUACAUUAAAAUCAAAAUCCCAUUUACUUGAUUUGGAGCCAAUUAAACCAAUUUCUUUGCAUGGAUCAAAAAUUCAUACACUUGCGGCCAAAAAACUUAUUCAAGAAAUUGAAUAUGGUAAUUAUUACCCUAAUCAUGCAAAUAAUGAAGUUUAUGUUCGUGAACAAAUUGUUCGCUUAGCAAUUUCUUAUAGCCUGAGUUCUAAAUAUACUAGUUUUAUUGCAACUGAGAUGCAAAGUAUUGAAGAUCAUGAAAAAAAGAAGGAUGACGGAUCCUCUGAGACCGGUGAGACAAUUUGUGAAGAAAUAAAUGUUCCCGUUACAGAAGUCGUAACUACAGUAAAGAAAGAUACACAAAAUAUAAAAUUUAAAUCACCCGAAUCAGAGUCGUGGUGGAAAACAACAUAUGAUAAAGCCAGAGAAUAUCUUUCAAAACAAAUUGGCGAUAAAAAUGCCGAAGAGGAAUUAAUAAAAUGUGCCGAUGAGUACGUAGUUGAUAAAGUAACGGACAAAGUAAUUUCGGAAAAGAAACAUGAUGUAAUUGAUCUUAAGAAAGAUGAAAUACCAAAAACUGAAAAAGGCAAAACCUUUUUCGGUGGCCUUUAUGAUACAGCUGCCAAACUUGCUGAUCAACUUGAAAAUACCCUUUCAUUUGAUAAAAUUAAACUUACUGACCAUGAGAAAGCAGAAGCCAUCGUUAUCAUUGAAGAACCAGCCACUCCUGAAAAAUGCGAAGAAAUCAUUUCAAAGCAAAAAGAUGAUGGUUCUAUUGAAUUAGAUGAUUCAGUUUGUAAUGAACUAGAUACUCCUAAAGAAGAAGUCAUUACAACAAUUAUAAAGAAAACUAAAAAUAAUAAACUUAAAUCACCCGAGCAUUCACCAAGUCUAGCCGCAUCCCGCACAUUUAUUGGUGUAAUUAGAUUAGAAUUAGUAAGUGCUAAGGACCUUAAUAUCGAUCCUUCCGUUAAAGGGAAAUUUUAUGUUCGAAUUUUUGAUGAGGAUAAAGAAAUUAUUGCACAGACUAAUUUCGUUGAUGAUGAUUUUAAUCCGACUUGGAAUGAAGUUCAUUACUUUCCGGUUAAUAAAAUCGGUGAUAAGUUCUUUUUAGAUGUAAUGAAUUAUAAUACGAAAGAUGAAUCACUUGGAACUUGUCAUUUUGAGGUUACUGGAGAUUUAAUUAAAGAAAGCAUCGAUAUUUGGGCGAAACUUUCGAUCGAAGGUCAGAUUCAUUACAGGGCAAAAUUCUUCUCACUUGAAUCUCUUUCGCAACCAACUCCUGAAUCUUUUGCAAACUCUAAGGAAAGGUCUUUUAAUUUAUCAUCACUUUACUUUAUCAUCACAUUACAAGCACCAAAUGGAAGUUUUCCACCUUCAAAUGGAUUAGCCAAAUUGUUUGGUUAUGAAUCACCAGGGAAACUACUCGAUUUAUACAUAUCUCACUGCAAUGAAGAUCGUGUCUUAAAAAUUAAUCAAACAGCAUGGACCACCAGUAUGAUCAUGUGGUUCUUGCAGUCUAUUUUAAUAGAAUAUCGAAAUGAAUGGCUUGGUGUUUACAAACAUGCCACACAAUACAUCAGCAAGGAAACUCAUUGUGACCUAGAAGUAGAAAAAAUCUUGCUCUCUAUCGGAGAGACGGUCGUUAAUGAGAGAUUGGAUAUUAAUGUUAAAUAA